GGUAAAUAAAGAAGCAGAAGUAUAAAACCCUAACUCAACCCUAUUCUUAUUUUCUCGUCAUUUCGGCAGUUGCUUCUUCAGGAUUUCAUUUUCUCUCUCUUCCGCCGUCGACGUUCUUCGCAAUGGCCCCAAAAAAAGGUGGUGCCGUAAAGACUCUUGGAAAGAAGAAGCCUGAGAAGACUACAAACCCUUUGUUUGAGAAGCGACCCAAGCAAUUUGGAAUUGGUGGUGCUCUUCCACCAAAGAAGGAUCUCACCAGGUUUAUCAAAUGGCCCAAAGUUGUUCAACUUCAGAGGAAGCGAAGGAUCUUGAAGCAACGUUUGAAGGUUCCUCCAGCUAUCAACCAAUUCACCAAGGCUCUUGACAAGAACCUUGCAUCAAACCUUUUCAAGUUGCUUCUCAAGUACAGACCUGAGGACAGAGCCGCUAAGAAGGAAAGACUUUUGAAAGCUGCACAAGCAGAAGCUGAGGGAAAGAAGCCCGAGAGCAAGAAACCUGUUGUUGUGAAGUAUGGUCUUAACCACAUCACAUAUCUUAUUGAGCAGGUAAUGUAUCUAGAUAUGAAUGACAUCGUUGUAAUUGUUUCUGUAGUUGUUUCACUGACUUGUAUAAACUUCAAAAUGAUGCUGCAGGGUAAGGCUCAGCUCGUUGUCAUUGCCCAUGAUGUUGACCCAAUUGAGCUCGUUGUAUGGCUUCCUGCCUUGUGCCGUAAGAUGGAGGUUCCAUACUGCAUUGUUAAGGGAAAGGCUCGUCUUGGAACGGUUGUUCACAAGAAGACCGCAGCUGCUCUUUGUCUUACUUCUGUGAAGAAUGAGGACAAAAUGGAGUUCAGCAGGAUUGUUGAGGCUGUCAAGGCCAACUUCAAUGACAAGUACGAGGAGCACAGGAAGAAGUGGGGAGGAGGUAUCAUGGGUUCCAAAUCUCAGGCCAAAAUGAAGGCAAGGGAGAGAGUCCUGGCCAAGGAAGCUGCCCAGAGGUUGAAUUAGAUCCAAGAAGUAUUUGUGUUGCAGAGGUCUUUUCCCUAGUGUUUUUUCUAUUUUAUAUUUGGUUAUAUUUACGGCACUUCAGAAAUUCAAACUUUAGUCUUUCCGGUUAAAGUACUUGUACUGAGUUUUGGUAGUAGUGGAUUUUGAAAUUGUCACCUUCAAAUAUGAAACAUUUGUAUGGAGGGUGCAAUCUUUAUUAUUUUACCUUCUGAAGUGAAUGUGACCCUAUAUAGUGUAGUGCCAAUGCCUUGCAAUUUCUUUUUGGAA